UUGUUGUUUGGCAUCAGAAUUGUUUGUGGUUCCGAGAAGAAAGGGACGAAGUUGAGACAAGAACAAUGAGAUUCAGGAGGGGUGAGUAUGGUCAGGCCCAGCUAUUUAAGGGCCGUCAAUGUCCCCUCAAUAUCCUCAUCAUCACCAUAAUCAUCAUCCAAAUCCUCUUCUCUCCCGGACCUCUGGAUUUACUUCCGAUCUAUCCACUUUCCUUUUACAGUCCACUUUUUUUGUACUGAUUAUCCACCCUGUCUUAUUAAUCUCACUCUCUAUCUAUACAAAAUGACCGACCUCCAGCCCCUCCGUAUCGUCUUCGCCUGCGAUGAAGCCGGCCAACCCUACAAGGAAACCCUCAAAGCCGCAUUCGAAAAGAACCCCCUUGUCGCCUCCAUAAUCGACGUCGGUGUCGACUCCACCUCCGACAAAACCGCCUACCCACACCCUGCCGUCGCCGGCGCUAAACUCAUCCGCGAAGGCAAAGCGGACCGUGGUCUCUUCAUUUGCGGAACCGGUCUGGGUGUUGCCAUCUCCGCAAACAAAGUUCCCGGAAUCCGUGCCGUCACUGCCCACGACUCAUUCUCCGUUGAGCGGUCCAUCUUAAGCAACGACGCUCAGGUGCUCUGCUUCGGCCAGCGGGUUAUUGGUAUCGAGUUGGCGAAGAAGCUGGCUUCGGAAUGGAUUACCUACCGCUUCGAUCCUAAGAGUUCUUCUGCUGCUAAGGUCCAGGCUAUCUGUGACUAUGAGGCAGAGCUCUCUGCUCAGUAAUGCGAACUAUGUGUACAUGUGUUAACAGACAUACGAUUACGUUCGAAGACUUAGGCCUCGUUUCGUUGAUAAGACUCGGUCUGCGAGGUGAUUGUAUAGAUACGACAUUCAGAUGGUGCCAUUUUCAGCCCUCUUCAACAUUUUGAUUAUUAGCGUUAUGAUACCACGACUAUGAUGAAUUUGGCUGGCUGAACCUUACUUUCUUCCGUAUAUAGUUAAAGAUAUUUCAAUAUACAAAGUACAUGUGCUAAUGUGUUCCGAA